UCAUGCGAGAGUCUGCGUGACAGGUCCGUAGGAGGUUUCCUAUAGGUUUAAAGAGGCAGUGUGGGUUUACAACGAGGAAAGCGGAGACGCGAUUACAAUGAAUUUGUAAAUAAAAUGAAACAAGUCUUGUAGAGACAUGAGACUCGCCUUAUACGUGUUUGGCGGCUUUGCUCUCGGGCUUUUGCUCGUUGGUUUGCGGGAAUUAUUGUUUGGUUUCGGGGAGAACCGAUGCAGCAUGACAUACAUGUUCGAGUACCCAGAAUACCGACGUGUGCAGCUUCCGAAGCGUGUGGCGCGCCAGUACCCAUCAUACGGCCUGUAUCUGUAUGGAGAGGGUGUAUAUGCUCAGGAGACCAGAGGACUCAAGCUCACUGGCGCUCCUGUGCUCUUCUUGCCUGGGAAUGCGGGCAGCUACAAGCAAGCUCGUUCUCUGGGUUCAGUGGCGUUGAGGAAGGCUGAGAACCUGGACGGGCCAAUCCAUAUGAACGUGUUCACCAUCGACUUCAACGAGGAGUUGGUGGCCCUGUAUGGGGGCAGUUUGCGCAGACAGACUCAAUUUCUACAUGAAAGCAUCAAAGCCAUAUUGCGCCUUUACAAGGACCGUCCGGACCCUCCCAGGAGUGUGGUUCUGGUGGGUCACUCCAUGGGUGGAGUGGUGGCAAGAGCGUUGUUCACCCUGGCACGUUUCAACCCAGGCCUGGUCAGCCUCAUCAUCACGCAGGCCUCACCCCAUCAGGCACCUGUCCUGUCUCUGGACCCUUAUAUACUGGAGUUUUACUCCGCAGUCAGGCAUCGCUGGGCCACAAAUGCUGAAGACCUUCGCAAUGUAACCGUUCUCUCUGUGGGUGGUGGUUACCUUGACUUCCAGGUGCGCUCUGGUUUGACAGCACUGUCCUGCCCCAUCGAUGACCUCAAUAAGAUGUCAGUUGUGGCGACUGCAGUUCCCCGAACCUGGGUUUCCACUGAUCACAUUUCCAUCGUUUGGUGCAAGGAGCUGGUUCUGGCCACAGUCCGGGCGUUCUUCGACCUCAUUGAACCUGAAACAGGGCAGUUCACCGAGAGUCCUGAGAAGCGGAUGUCAGUGCUGAACUAUCACUUCUUUAGACAUCCAGUGCUGCAUCCUGGAGGAGCACAGGAUGCCCCUGUCACUUUCUCAGCUCCUCCUGAGGCGUGGAAGGAGGUCAACACACUCCGUCUGUUCUACAGUGCCCCCAAGGAAGCUCAAGUCAUUUACUUCCUGUUUGCCCUCUCCAGUCGAAGGAAAGCCUACAGUCAUUUCCAUUGCCGCAGUAAUAAUAUGGAAAUGACCAGCUGGUUAUAUGGCUGUACACAGAUGAGUGGCUCGAUAUGUGUCCAGGCAGUAGAUCUGUCAUCUCGGACAGAACUUCUUCCAGCCUAUAAGGCUGUUACAGUGAAAAUCAGCGACCUUUUGUCUGUCUCUCAUCUCAUUAUUGACGCCUCAAACCCCAGUGGAACAGAGUUUGUAGUGGAGUGUGAGCUGCAGAGAGAGGAGAGCUUGACUGUGUCAGUGCAGGUGCCUCAUGUGCUGUCCUUCGGUCUGACUGUUAGUGACAUCAGCAUCAACUCCUCUGGGCUGCUUCACACACUUCAGCUGCAAGACUUUCAUCAGGUCUAUCAAGCUUUCAGAAUAACGGUCACUAGUCACUGCAAAACCACUAAAGACAGACUGCCCAGUGUGUACAGACUGAGGGUACCUUGGUUUCGUGAAGACUCUUUUGAUACGGCAAGUAUUCCUUCGGUAUCUGACAUCUACAGCACGCUGCACACCAGCCGCCCAGACAACGCCUCCAGUGCCCUCCUGCAGCUCCACACUGCCCCCAACUGCCAAUACAAGGUGUCUAUUCGGACUUCUAUCCCUAAAGUGCUUGGGCAGAUUCUGCGUUUCUGUGGUCCGGUUCUGCCUGUCUACUUGGCUGUAGUUCUUCUUCUGAUGAUCAGGGCUCAGCUGGGCUCCAUCAAGAGAUCAGGACAUCCUUCUGGAAUGCAAGAGGUCAUGAGUAAAUCGUUACAGCUCCACAAACUGGAGCUGCCCGUCCUCCUGCUGCUGCUGCUGCUCAGGCAGAGCUGGUUUCAGGAUGUCUGGUCUACUCUGGGUCUCCCUGCAGUGGAUUCUCUUCCUCUAAACUCUAUGGAGGAGCUAUCCCACGACCCAAAGGCCUCUGUCUCUGUUCAGGAAUGGCCCCGUAUAGUGUCGCCACUGCUCUGUGUGCUAGGUUCAUCCAUUGCAUUCUGGGGUAGCACAGUCCUCCGAGUGUUUGUCUGCUUCCUGUCCUUUUUUCUUGCUCCACUGCACAGACCUUCAGUGUCCCGGGACUGCGGCACGCUUCGUCUUCAUUCUCAGCUUCUCCUGAUUAUCUUUUUAAAUGUGCUGGGAGGCGUCACAUGUGGAGCACUGGCUCUUAUGGUCUCCUGUCUUCUCCACCUCUACAGGGUGCUUAGAUUACAGAUGACCGAGAGGUCACUGAGCCACAUGUUGAACCUGGCACCAGAGAAAGUUUCACAAAAAUCAGAAAAUGGUUUCCGUGCCAGUGAUGAUCACAGUAAGGUUAAAGAAUGUAACGGCAGCCCUCUACUGACAGAAUCAGUGCUACAAGACGUCAGAGAUGAUCUGCAGCUCCACUUCAGUCUGUCCACACUGCUUACUCUAACCACAAUGCUUAGCGUCCCUUCCCUUAUCCACUGGAGACACAAUCUCAGAUAUUGGGUUCAUCUGGAUCCUGACCCCUGCUGGCCUCACUUUGUACCCCUGCUCAUCAGCUCUGUUCUGCUCAUCAACUGUAACACAGAUACACUCCUGCGCAGCAAACUGAUGCUGAAUCUGACGCUUCAUCUGUUGUUGCCACUGUGUGUGGGAAUGCUGGCUUUUUGUCCACUGCACAUUUACAGGGUCACUUAUUUCCUGUCUGCAGCUCUGGCCCUCUUGGCCUGUUCUUGCUACUUUUGACCUCCCUACAAACUUUAAACGUGAGUCUGCACUGAGAUUAAAACAAGACCUGGGAUUUGUACAAAUUUAGACCAGAUUAGACCAAAACAGCCUUAGAAACCCUUUGUGUGUUCUGUGGGAUCACAUGGACUAGUGACAUCAGUGGACCAGCACAUUUGAAGUCAUGUGACCUGUCGUUUGUCAUCAUUUGUAGCUUCUGUACAGGGUAUUAUACUUGUUAAUUGUGGUAUGUCUGUAUUCAGGAGCAAUACUUUUUGUUCAUAAGGCUAGUUUCCCAGAAACAUUAAAGGGUUACUCCACCCCAAAAUGAAAAUUAAUCCCGUCUAAUUAAUCACUUACCCCUGUGUCAUUCCAAACACGUGAAAGCUUAGAUUGUCUUCGGAACAUGGGACAGUCACAAGCCUCCCGGUUUUCAUCCAAAAUAUCUUAAAUUGUGUUCUGAAGGCAAUCUAAGCUUUAAUGGGUUUGGAACCACAUGGAGGUAAAUGAUUAAUGACACAAUUUUCAUUUUGGGGUGGAGUUAUCCCUUUUAGUCUCGGCCUGAACUAAACUAAGUCUAAGACUGUAUUUAAUCAGUGUGUGAGAAACUAGCCUGCACUUGUGUGUGUGUGUGUGUUGGGGUGUGGGAUUGUAGAUGCCUGAUUUAGCAUUAAUUUGUCAACCUGAAGUCAUAAUUGAUAGGGAUACACAAUAUAUCGGUAUCAUUUCAUCAUGUGAGUGGAUAUUUGAGGUUUGUAAAUUAUUAUUUAUUUACUAAUUUAUCGGUAUCCUGUAUUUCUCUUUCGUCAUAUUGUACCUUAUAAUUUCAGGAUGCCAAAAUUAAUUUGUAGAAUUCAAGUUUUUAGUGACUUAUUUUUAACUAAUUUGUAAAAAUGUUAUAUAAUUUUGAUGUCAGACGUGUUAUGGUUAUCGGACAUAACACUCAUCAUUUAUCCUAAAAAGCCAGAAUUUAAAACAUGGUGCCCUAUCAAUUGACCCCAUUUACUUCCUGAUCUUAUGCAUGACUCAUCAAUGUCUGUUAUUUCAAAGAUUAUUAUAAAAAAAAAAAAAAUCUGAUUAAAUAUUGAGAAAUGGAGCAGUAAGAACACCAUCUACAAUUGCGCAAAUCCAUAUGCGUUCAAUACUUUUUUUACGUAUUGAUUCAGAUCAUUGUGGUGUGGGUAGUAAAUGAGAAGUUCUUAGUUUCAUAGUAAAUGCAUUGCAAAACCAUUGGGAACUGUUCUGUUUGCUUAAACUAAUGUUAUCGCUUUCAAACAAGGCUUUUUUUCCUGUUGACUCUAUUUUAUUGACUGAAGCCUUGACUUCAAUUCUGAUUCACCAUAUCAACAAUUUUGAAUCACAUUACAUCAAUUUUGUAGUUGAAAAGCUGCAGGAAAAACGCUUUAUCAAAAAAAAAAGUGUAUCGUACAUUUAACAUGUCACAUUACGGAAGUAAAAUGGGGCAGAAAUGCCUUUUCAUGUUGACUUUUAAGGAUGUAAAAGCAGCUUUCGGUGUUUGUUCAGCCUUUCUGCAAUUCACAUGUCUAUGUGUGAGCGUGACUGGAUCUCUGCCUGUUCUAUCUUCGAUCUGUCAUUUCUGCCUUAAGCCAUUUAGCUUUGAAUGCACAUGUAACGCCUGUAGGUGCUGGAGUACCUCUGUGUUAGACAGAUCACUUCUUACGAACACCCUUUUGCAUUAGCCGAAGCUGUAAGGCGAGUCCGAGUAGCAGAACAUUCCAUGCACUCCAAGCAAUUUGAUAUUUCAUUUUAUAUCGAUGGGCACAAUUUAUGGUGUUGAAAAGACAUCAAAGUUACAUUUUAUGGUUAUAGCGUCUCUUAUAACCUGAGACAAAUUGUUAGAAACACUGCCACAGUCACAGUAGCCAUGAGAUUGUUGCUGUCUGCACAGCCUUUGUUUUUUUUUUUUUUUUUUUUUUUUUUUACUGUAACGUUUGAUGAAUGCUGUUGAUGGUCCGUCUGUGUUCCUCACACAUUGCUCAGCAGCAUCCAUCUGAUCUGCUCAUGGCGGUUGAUCGUCUGAUUCAGGAUCACUUACCUGAGAGCUGAAAUUAUACUUUGUCAUCCUGAAUCGAAUGAGAGAACGGUGCCUUUCUUGUAACAUGCCCCUGCUUCUCUGACACCCAUUCGCAGUUUAACCUCCUCUUCACUGAGGACGGAUGUUUGGCAGUCCAUCUGAGUAGUGCGUAUUUAAAUCAUGACGACGUCCUCUCAUAGUAUGUACUUGACCAAAAACACUCAUAUGGCACAUAAUUGUCUCUUGCACUGUGAAUGUAGCUGUGUGUGUGUGUGUGUGUUUGAAUCAUCUUGCAGUGAGCUUUGAUGUUUGUUGUGUUUUUAUGCUGUAUUGCAAUCAUGCUCUGCCUCAUGCUAAAUUUGAGCUGUUUUUGUGGUUAAAGUGUGAAAGGCUGCCUUUUUUCUAUCAAUAUGAUUGUGACUUAUUGUUUUCAUUGGUGUUCACUGUGAUGUGCCACAAUAUUUGGAGGCCAGGAUCUGAUUAUAUGUCUCAAAGCAAGAACUGCUUAUUCAGAGCCAGAUCGGUCCUGAUUAUGUAACAAUGAAGCCAAACAGAUCCAACAGCAACUCUUUAACACUGCAGCAAUGACAGCAAUGUUUGUACUGAUGCUAGUUAGGCUUCUUCUGUCAAAAUGUAAUGAAGAAUUUGCUCAUUUUGUUUAAUAGAGACUGUUGUUAUGUGGUUAAUAGCUCUGCUGUAGCAGCUAAAUAUUAAUAGUAAAGACUCUAGAGUGGUUUUAUGUGGUUUUAUAAAUGCACUACCAUUUGAAAGUGGUAUAAUGCCAUAACAGGUGAUUUGAAUUGAAUAAAACGAAUUGAAGAUGUAUGUAUAUAUCUGUUAAGUAUGCUGAUGUAUUAACUGGUUUAGAAUAUGAAGGGAUAUUAACCUGAAAACCUCAGUCAAACCAAAAUCGACCUUUAGCGGAAAAAGAUGUGAUUUGAGGGAACGAAAGCCUACAAGCCUGCACAUUCCACAGUCAUAUUCUGUGUGACACACACUAAUUCAGUACUUCUGAAGGAUUUGAGUAGAGUUUCAGACUGGGCUUCAAGUUUAGCUGUGACUGUUUUGACUUAUUUUAUAUAUAGAUAUAGAAUGCAGCUCACUGCCUCAUGAACCUAAAUGCUGUUGUGCUUUAAUAAAUUUGCAGUGACUCGUCUGUUAUAUCUGUAUUGUAAGGAGUUGAUAUUACUUGUCUCAUUUGAGAGCUGAGUUCAUAUUUUAAAAUGAAAACAUUAAUCAGCAGUUGUAAAUUGCUCUCAAUAAACCUUUUAAACGUAUAAAAUGUUUACUAAGAGGUAUAGUUCAAGUGUGAUUAUAGUGCUGUUUUGCUUGGUUUGUGGUGCUUUUGUAAUUCACUUAUGUGCAGUAACUAUGAAACUCUUAAGAGUGUAAUUGAAGAUUUAUGUCAAUGCUUCUUUUAUACAGAUAUGUGAUGAAACACUAUCAGCACAUGUAUGCUUAGCACUUCUGUUGGCAGUCGGACUGAUUUCUCAUCAUUGGCUUGCACCUGUUUGGCCAAACAGCAGCGUCACUGUGAUUUGGUUGUGAUCGUUGUUUUCUUAAUACAGUGAUUAGGGCAGUUCAUGCUUAUUUCUGGAGCAUAUUUUGUUGUUCUUUAAUAUACAGACGUACUAGAAAGUGUCAGAGAUGUUGUUUACCUGCUUUGUAAUUAAAUUGUUACAGUGCAGGAUAACAAGGUAAUUGCUUGUUUAUCACAAAGCUUUGUAAAUGGUGAAAUAACAAAUUGAUCAUUCUCAGGUUAAAUAACGUGCUGUGGAGUCAGUGGCUUUUAGUGUUUAAAUAUCUUAACAUGUUAUUUGACUCAAAACAUGUGCAUUUUUUGAGCACUACUGCAGUUCCAAUAAAAAUUGUUUAUUCAGA